CAAUAUCUUUAUUUUGAAAAUAUAUUUUUAUUCGUUUAUACUAUAUGAAACAUCCUUAAAUUUGAAAUAGCUUUUUUAUGAAUCCAUCAUAAUGUAAAUAACGCAUGUAUUUAGCGUGGCUUGCAUUUUAUGCAUCUCGGAACACUUGAGGGUGAGCGUGGUUUCGUGUUAUGAUGCAAAAAAAAAGCGUUAAUUAUAACCUUUCGAUUAGAAGCUCUCUUAUUUUUAAACUAAACGGAAUUUCAUCAAGAUAUUGCUGUAGCCUAAGUAAAAUUCCAUAUGCAAUAUGAAAUUUUCAGAAGGAGAAGAAAUACUUGCAAAACAUCCAAAUUCUGAUAAAUAUUAUAAAGGCAAAAUUUUAAGUAUAAAAGGUGAACAAUAUAAAGUACAAUUUGAAACAGGCAUUGAACAAUAUAUUGAUUCAACUGAUAUUAAGAUGGAUAGGCCAUCAAGAAAUAUAACAAGAAGUAGAAGAGGAAAAAGUCCUACUAGAUAUUCAUCAGUUAGAAAAUCUCCACGUAAACGUUCACCUGGAAGAUCUCCAUCAGCUGGGUCUACAAGAGGACAUAGAUCACAGUCUACAAAUCGUACAAAGUUUGCAAAAGUUUCUUUGCCACGUAUAGAAGUAUCUAGUGAUAUACAACAUAAUGAUGAUAAAAUUAUAAGUAAAAAAAGGAUACAUGAUGAUGAUUUUGUUGAAUCAAUGCCUCUUCAAUCACGAUUAAAGGAACUAGGAACAAUUACACGUAGGUCAACGAGAUUAUUAUCUGGUAUGCAGAAACCUGAAUCAGACCAUAACAUAAUUUUAUUAACAAGAAAUAUUAAUCGAGCUGUCUCACUUCCUUCAGAAAGGAAGAGUCAGAUGAAUGAUUUUAGUAUAGAUGUAAAGGAAAGAGGUCAUUCAGUACAAAGAGAUCAAGAUUUGUUAAAAAUAAAUUAUAAAGAUAUAGAUAUAAAUACACAAAUGAUAGAAAAGCGAAAAAAAGAAAUUAAUAUGGUUAGUGAACCACAAGAAUGGGGAGGAAUGUUUGGAACUUUUAUUCUUAUAUUUCUAUUACCUGUGAUUAUGAUUGUACCACAAUUAUUGUGCGCAAAAAAUGAAUGUACGUUUAAAUAUCAUAAAAUAUCUUCAGAUCUAAAUUUUUAUGUAAAUGUAAAAGCUUUUAUUGCAUAUUUAAGUCUCUUUUUAUUUGUAAUAAUUGUUUCGAUCAUACCAAUCGGACGAAAACUUGAUGGACUACAAAGUAGAAUUGAAAGAUUGCAAUAUCGUUUAAAUGGUUUUUUGUGUGGUAUUUUAUCAAUAAUUAUAUUUGCUACAUGUAUAUAUAAUGAAAUUAAAAUUACUGAUUUUAUUCUGCAAAAUAAUAUACAGUUUUCAAUCAUUGGUUGGAUUCUUGGAAUAAUUUUAUCAGUUUUAUUAUUUAUAAAAGGAGGCAGAGCUUCAAUAGCUAAUUUAAAUAUACAUGGAUCUACUAACAGUAUGAUAUAUAACUUUUGGCAAGGAAGAGAAAUAAAUCCACGAAUUGGUCCUGUGGAUUUUAAAAUAAAUCUUUUUCGGACUUCUAUGAUAACCAUAAUUCUCAUAAAUUUAUCUAUUGCAAUCAAAACAAUUGAAGAAACUGAAAUAUAUACUUUAGAACAUCUUAAUAUAGGUGCCUUAUUAGGUACUUUACUACAAAUCAUUUAUGCAAUGGAUGCACUAUUUUUUGAAUCUGCAUUAUUAACAACUUUCGAAAUAAUGUAUGAGGGAACUGGAUAUAUGUUAUGUACGGGUUAUAUGAUGUAUCCAUUUUUACCGACUCUUACGACGAAAUAUAUGUUAUAUCACAAGACACAACUUACUUAUCUAUUUAUUUUUCCUAUAAUCACUUUUAUAAUUGGCUAUUUGUUAUAUAGAAUUAGUAAUCUACAAAAAAAUAAGUUCAGAAGGAAUCCUUUAUCUCCAUCAUUAAUGCAUUUAGAAACUAUACCAACUAUACGUGGUAAAAAACUUAUAGUAUCUGGGUUAUGGGGUUAUAUAAGACAUCCCAAUUAUUUAGGUGAUAUAAUAAUGUGGUGGUCAAUAUCAUGUAUAAGUUUAGCAUGUGAUAUUUUGCCUUAUUAUUAUGCAAUUUUGUGUACAGGAUUACUAAUACAUAGAGCUAUAAGAGACAAUGAACGUUGCAAAAUACGUUAUGGUUUAGCUUGGGAGCAAUAUAUAUCACGUGUUAAGUAUAUGAUUUUCUAUCGUAUAUUUUAAAAUAAUAUAAUAUGUAUAAAAUAUUAGCAAAGUACUUUUAGAGAUACCAAAAUAUGUUACAAAGUUGUACAUUUAAAAACAAUAAUGCUCAUUAUUUCAUAAAAUAUAUUUUAAUCACAUUAGAAUUAUAUAGAGUUUAUACAUACACAUGUGACAUAGUAUGUAGGGUCCAAAUUAGCUCAAUACAAAACCAAAAGAAAUAAUUGUUUAACAUUUAGAUUUAAGCAUAUCAUUUCAUAAAAUCUUUAAAGCAAUGAACAAAGUGUGGUUAUCAAAAAAGUACAUUUUAAAAAGAUAUAAUUUAAGAUAUUGUUGAUAUGAAUAUGUAUAUUGUAAAGUAUAUUUCUAUGAUGAAAACAUUAAAGUAAGAUUUUUAUACUUUUUAUACAAAUAUGUACAUUGAC